CACAGAAGCAUUACUUUGCGGUAAUGCGGUUCAGAUCCACAGUCUAUGGGUUCAGAGAGACACAGCAGGUCCACAGCGAGCGACUGAAAUCACCUCAUCACCUCCUCUGAGCCUCUGCUAUAUUUGACAAUCUCCCGCUCCACUUUCCCGCCCAUGGUUAUCUAAUGUAGUGCGUUGGAAGAAAGGGACAGUUUGACAACAUAUUAUUGUCCCUGGAGAUGAUUGGGGUCUGCUCUGCAAGCUAGGCUAGUCCUAGCUUGGGGUUUGACUGGUGGUGGUCUGUAUUGGGCUAGAUGAAAACCUAGUAGCCUGCUGUCACCAAAGAAGGCCGGUAUCUUCAGCCAAUAGUCACCUCAGUGUUCCGGGAGCUCCUCGGACAACAACACCAAUGAUACAGUCCAAACCCUCAGCACGCCUCUUGUCCAUACAUACAUAGGAAGUCGCCCAGGCAUACAUUAUUCCAUCAGUUAACGUUAGUGUUGAACACACAAAGCUUCACAGUGGAAACGAGAAGAAGAGCCAAGAUGAACGCGGUGCGUGGGGGCACGGUCACCUGGCGCCCCCUGCCGUGGCAGGACGGGGACGGCGGCGGAGGGGAGCCCCUGUCAGAUAGUGACUCGGAGGAGGAGGACUUCCCCGACGACAGUACCACCCCACUGGGAGACUACAUCACACAUGGACUGAAGCAGCUCCUGGACGCCCAGCAGUUGUGCGACGUCACCCUGCUUGUGGAGGGAAAGAAGUUCAUGUGUCACAGAGUGCUGCUGGCAGCAGUGAGCCCCUAUUUCCGGGCCAUGUUCACCAGCCCGCUGGUGGAGUCUCGCCUCACCGAGAUACGGCUAGAGGAGGUGACGUCGUCCGUCAUGGAGACCGUCAUCCAGUUUGUUUACACGGGGGAGGCGGGGCUUUCUCUGGACACUGCUGAGGAUCUGUUUGUCGCGGCCAACCUGCUCCAGGUCAUGCCCCUGCAGGACCUGUGCUCCAGGUUUCUGUUUGAGCACCUGGCUGUGGACAACUGCCUGGGCAUGUACUCCCUGGCCCGCUCGCACCACGACCAGCUGCUGCUGCGGGCCUCCCUGAGGCUGGUGGCGCAGCACUUCCCCCGCGUGGCCCGGCAGAAGGACUUCCUGCUGCUGGACCACGGCACCCUGAGCAGCCUGCUGAGCUCGGACCGGCUGGGCGUGGAGUCGGAGGCGGAGGUGUACGACGCGGCGCGGCGCUGGGCCGAGCACCAGCCCCUGGUGCGCUACGCCUACAUGCCGGCGCUGCUCCACCACCUGCGGCCGGGCCUGCUCUCCCCGGAGGAGAGCCGGCGGCUGAGCCAGGAGCUGGGGCCGGCGGCGGCGGGCGAGGGGCUGGGGGGCCCGCUGAGGCCCCGGGAGGGCAUGUUUGAGAAGAAGAUCGUCUGCGUGGACCUGACGCCGCGGGAGGACGACAGCCUGGCGGAGAGGAGCUACGCCGUCGACUGCUUCGACCCGCGGACGGGCAAGUGGGAGAAGCUGGCGGCACUGGGGUCGCUGGUCUGCCCCGGCUGCACGGCCGUCGGGGACCGGCUGUUUGUGGCCGGCGGCAUCCUGCGGACGGGCACGGUGUCGGCCGCCGUGCACGAGUACGACGCCGUGCUGGACCGCUGGAUGGAGCGGCCGUCGAUGCUCCAGCCCAGGGCCAUGCUGGGGCUGCUGGGCUGCGGGGACUCGCUCUACGCCCUGGGCGGGAGCAACCGCUCCACCCUGCUGGACUCCUGCGAGACCCUGGAGCUGGCGUCCCUCCGUUGGGGCCCCGGGCCCCGGCUGCCCCUCCCGCUGCGGGCGUUCGCCUGCGCGGCCCUGCGCAGCCGGCUGUACCUGUUGGGCGGGACCACGCUGGAGCAGAACCGGGCGGUGGUGCACUCCGGGGUGCUCAUAUACCACACCCUGACGGACUGCUGGACGCGCGUGCCGCUGGACUCUGGCGCCACCUGCCUGGCCGGAGGGGUGGCGGUGCGGGGCGGCGUGUGCGCCAUCGGCGGGUACAUGAGGGAUGCCAGCAAGUUCUUGGACGGUAACUACACCAACCUGGAGACGUUGGACGCCACGGGACGCGUGCUGUUCUUCCGAGAGGGGCGGGGGUCCGGCGCAGAGCGGGAGGUCACCGGGGGUGGGGGCACGCUGGUCGGGGAGCGCGGCGUGGCCGGAGGGGGCGGCAGCGACCGCGCCCCCAGUCCGGUGGUGUUCCCGGGCCUCCCCCGGCGCAUCGCGGCCGGCGGCGUGGCCCGCUGGAAGCGCAGGAUCUACGUGCUGGGCGGGGAGAACGGGUCGCGCUUCUAUGACAGCGUGUACUGCUGGAAGCCCGGCUGGCGGAGCUGGGUGCAGCGGCGCGAGAAGCUCCCCAGGGACACCGGCGGGGUGAGCCAGUUUGGCUGCACCACCCUCAAGUUCCCCAAGAAACCCAUCCUGUCCCGGCUGAGGGUCGCCAAAGAGGACUGCAAGAAGGACAACGGGGACUAGCCUCCGAGGGACCAGUGGGAGGAGGGUGGAGGCCAACAAGGGCUCAUAACGCAAUCCACAAUUCAAAGUGACCCUUUCAAAGUCCUCAAAACAACAGCUCGUGUCGGGAUUUUUUUAAGGAUUAUUUAAUGAGUGCUUCAUUUGUUAGACGUUCAGAGAUUUUGUUUCUAUUCACAGACCAGUGGACCAACAAAGAUACAGCUAUGGCGGCGUGGGACCUGAAUGUAAUCUGAUGUCAUCGUCAGGACGGGGAACAGUUGAAGGGCAAAGCCAAUGCAUGGAUGUAUGAUUUCACAAUCACGCAUGCAGACCUGAGUCCUGUAUUCUUGUGGUUCUUGGUUAAAAAAAGCUUUCGAUACAAUUGGAUCUUUCAAAUUAAGGAAAAGGUUAAAGUGCUGUACUAACCCUCAUUUUAUUCAUGAGAAAUAUUAUUUGUUAGUUAUGGCCACUACUUAUUAAUGGAUCAGGAAAAAGCCUAAAAGGUAUUUAUUUGCAGUCCCCAAAAUGUUACUUUUACUAGUCUGCUCUGUUAUCGCUUAAACAUUGUGUGACAGAAAUGGGGGUGUUCAAUGAGUUCUCAAACAGAGUAAUAUGUUGUGCCAUAAUCUGGCAAGUGGAUUUAAUAGUCACUCUGAUGUUACCAGCUCAAAUGUAAUUACUUUUUAAGCAUUAGGUGGUGCUAAGUUCAAAGAAUUACAGGUAAACUGGUAAAUAUUUACAUGAGGGUUCAAAAUGGCCAAAAUUACACCUUUAAGGGAACGGAAAAUGCCUUGAAUGUUUAUUUAUUGUUUGUCUUUUGUGAUGUAUUUUUUUAUUUAUUUCAAAUUUCCAUCAUCUCAAGGUCAGCACUUUUAACCACACAUACCUGCAAUUUAUGCAUCUGCUUCUUUUUUAGAAAUUCUUGAUUUGAAUACCUUUUGUGUCGUUUUUACCAAACAAUUCCACACAAUUCACUACGUUUUAGCAUUACUUAAUGCUUUUUUAAAAAGAUACACUAAAAAGAUACA